GUAAAAUGGGAGGUUUUUAGAAGUAUCCGAUUCCUCGUUAUGUGUUGAGUGAUGCCUGGCUCUACAACAGAUAAUGGUUUAGACACUCAGUUCAUGUGGCUUUUCCAACAUUAAUAUUGUCAUUCCUGAUUUAUAGAGGAGCCGUAGCUUCAUAGACACAGAAAAUGGGAGAAGACUAUUAUGUUGAUCCAUAGGAUUAUCAAUCCCCAAAGAAAUUGAUUUUCUGAGACUUAAAACACAAAUAUAAAUAUAUAAUA